CUCAUUCUUCAACUCGAUCAUGCUCAUGUGACGAAGAUAUGAUUCUCACUGACACAAUCUCUCAGUCCAUCAAGCAAGCAGUCAAUGACAACGAAGCAACUCAAACACUGCCACUCGGCAGGCAGGCAGGCAGGCAGGCAAACACCCUUCUGGCCCAUCCAUCCAUUCAUCCAUUCAUCCACCCAUGAUCCAUCUAAUCUGCAGCAGUCAGUCGGUCGGGAUCGAUCAGUGUGACAAACAAACACCAACCAGGUAGGCAUCAAGCAGCGCAGGCCACAAACAGACGUAAAAGGCAUCUCAGUCGACGGUUUUGCCGCCCCCGCAGCAGCCGCCGCCCUCCUGCGGCCGGCUAAUGUGUGCCUUGAGCGGUGGGGGGGUGAACUCGCCGCCCUGGCCCUUGCCGCUCAUUUCCUCGUCCGCCACAAAGCACUGAAGCGUCGUGUCUAUCGACAUCGCCAACACGUCCUGUCACACACAACACACACGCACACGAGAGAGAGAAUGGGUGUGGGAGUGCAGCUGGGUGUGGACCAUGAUGGUCGCCCCGAUGACGAGUCCCAUGAGGCAGUAGACGAUGGUCGGGAAGAUGGGCGACGAGAUCUCGUCGCCCUUCCACGCCUCAGUGAUGAAGAAACCGACCACACCCGAUGCCGCGACGAUGCCCAACAGACCCAGGUACCUUCACAAGACCACAACACACAGCACACAAAGAGGGAGACCUUCCCUCCCUCUCUCCCCUUGGUUGUGUCUCCCUCUCUCCGUGUGUGUGAACAGGUUUUCUCUUUUGAAGCUUCACCUGAGUCCCCUGCCGACGACUGCGAGUACGGCGAUUCGGAAUGCGUUGCGGAGGAUGAGGCAGAAGGCGGCCCACGCUGAUCUGCAGAAGUUCUUGCCGAGGAGGGCCACCUGGAUGUAGGCGUUCUUGUUGAGGAACUUGAUGCACCGCUCGAAGCACGCCACCAGGUACGCCAUACAGAGCAGGAGCUUGACGUACACCAUGUUGGCGAUGCUCACGCCGCUCAGCAGCUUACCGAUGCCGCACGGGCUGCACGCCGCGCACGCCUGCAUACACACACACACACACACACACACACACAAGAGGCCUCUCUCCCUCCCUCCCUCUCUCUCUCUCUCUCUCUGUCUCUUUCUGUCUGACCUUUGAAGGGUUUUUCUCGGCGUAUUGGGCCUGUCUGGCGAGGUACUGGAGGUAGUACUUGAUGAACUGGAUGAUGGCGAGGAUGAGCGACCCGAAGGCCACGCUGCCCAUGUGGUAGAAGCAGGCGUUCCACGCCGCCCUCUUGACGGCCCCCCGUGGCUUCUUGUUGCCGUUGGCGUCCGGCGCCGUGAAGUACCAGAUGCCCACCGCACCCGCCAGGAUCAUCUGAUUCAUGCCGAUCAGGAAGGCGUUCGUCCACAGCAGCGAAAAGAACACAAAGGCGAACCCCCGCUGGGUGUCGGUAUUCCAGCUGUAGCGCUUCCCUGCCCACACAGGGAGAAAGAAAGAGAGAGAGAGAGAGAGAGACAGGGAGAGACACAGGUGUGGGUGUGUCCAGGAAGGAUGCGAGAAGCCGACCUUUGUUAGAUUCCUCGAGGUCGACGCUGCUCAUGAUGAAGAGAGUGAUGGUGAGCCAGACGGCGUAGAGGACGAUGGUGAGCAGGAAGAAUGUGAUCGGCAGCAGCAGCACCGUCGGCACGUUGUAGAUGAACAUGGCCGCCGUCUUGACGAUCCCGAUGCCCAGCCGGAUCUGCUUGCACAGGCACAGCGUGAUCAGGAAUAUUAUCGCGCCGAUAGCCCACACGACGUAGCCCGUCCACAGCAGCAUAUCCUGGUACGCCUUGCCGUCCAUCUCAGGCGAGUACACGUAGCACGCCGCCCCGCCCGCGGCGAACAUGGCGAACACCAGGAGGAGUGCCACCCAGACGAUCACGCCAGCGCAGUACCGGAGGAAGAUCAGGUAGAGCAUACCGAUGAUGAGGGCGAUGAUGCCGCUGAUGGCGAGGAUGGGCCAGGUGACGAUGAUGUCGCCCACGAAGUUGGUCCACGAGUCGACCAGGCCGGACGGCAGGUAAUCGGCGACGUCCUUGGCCUCACCCGCGUCAAACAGCUCAGGAACGCAGUAGCUGUGGGCAGAGAGACACGAAACAGGAGAGAUGGACGCCAUUCAACAAGCAGGUAGGCAGGCUCACCGGCCUGCGAUGGAGAUUGUGGUUGAGGGCACCGGUACGCAGUAUUGCUCAGCAUAUGGGCAGAGGGACUCAUCGAGUGCGGGGAGCUCGGGCUGACCGGAGACACCCCAAAGAGUGUAGUUGCGAAAUGACGUCACCGUCUUGGAUUUGCUGGGGCAGUCAGGCGUCUCCGUCUCCGUCUCGUUGUUUGUCGAAUCCUUCUCUAUCUGACGAACAACAACGAGACGCAAGACCAUGGUAAUGAAGUGUCUCCAUCGGAACCCUCCCUUUCGGUCAGUUACCGGAACGUCUUUGAAGCAGGGGCAUUUCUUGACGCAGACGGCUCUGAAGAAGGUGGAGAACUUCGUGACGUCGAUCUCGGGGGUGGAGGCCCACUUUGAGGGCUCAUUGUACGGGAAGCCACUGCCGAGCUCUUCGGUGUUGAGGGUGAAGUAGAGGAGGGGGUAAUCCGCCUUGUCAUCAUCAAUGUUCUUGUCCUUGACCCCACAGAAAUUGUUCUCGAAGUCCUAACAGACAGACAGACAGACGGACGGACAAAGGGGGCCAUCUAUGUGUUGUGCUGGUGUUGCCCGAGCGUUACUUGUCCAGCAAUGAGUCUGUUUGGGUUUCCCUUUGAGAAGGCCACGCUGGCGAUGGCGAUGACGCCGACCACGUGUGCGAUGAACAGGAGACAGCAGAGGAUGUCGGUGCAGUGGCGCUUCUUGACGGGGCCGUUGCUGACAUCGUUCUUGCCGCCCUUGCGGAACUCCUCGCCGUCCUCUGCGCUCGUACCGACGCCUGCAUGCCACCACACAGACACACAUACAGACAAAGGGAAGAUCACACAUGGGAUGAUGCAUGGCGUGUUUCGACAAGACCUUGGCGGCCGGGCUUUUCGUCCGUGACGACGACGACGGUUGUUGGCGCCUGGUUGUGUGCCAUCCCGUCUCCCCCUACUUGAGCAACGUGUAUCUGAUAAACACACACACAGCAAGGGAGGAGAAACAGACGAACAACCGACGCGUGAGCUGCGCUUUUGAGCGCAGCACGAGAGCGUGGAGGACUCUCUACAUGCAAACCAAUUCAGCUCUCUUGACGCUGGCGGAAUAUCCUCACUUUCGUAAUGGUUGCUGAAGGGACGCACACCACAGCCGACACGCAAUGCGGUCGGCGUUUGCGACAACUGCCGCUGGCAGUCCUCUCGAGACUGCGGGCCCCACACCCCGCCCCCGAGACGGCGAGCUCGGAGCUUAGCGCAGAUCUCCCAUGCAAAUGUCAUUCAGCGAUGCGGACGUCCUGGCGCGCCCACUAGUGAUCAU